AUGUCUGUUGGUUGUUUAAUUGGAGACCCGACAGCACUUCCCACGCCAAUACCAUAUAAGGCUGGAUGUUCUUUAUAUUUGGGCGCAGACCCUAAUACUUCUAUUUCUUUGGAAGCAACAAAAAGUGGCGAGACUUAUACUACAAAAUAUUAUUUAAGUAAUGACUGCACUGGAAAUGCUCUUGAUGAAACAACUUUUACCAAAGGAAAAUGCCAACCUGAUUUAUUGAUGACUUUUGGUGUCUUCUCUGACUUUAUUCAACCACCUGUUGAUUCAAGAGCAAAUUUUGCAGUGAAAAAAGAAGGAGAAAAUGUAGAAGUUUAUGUCUUAGAUAAAUGUCAAAGAAGUGUUGAUGGGACUUUUUUCAAAUUAGAAAGGUUUAGAAAAAUAGUGAUAUUAAAAAGGGGAUCAUCAUGUGACAACCUCGUCGAAAUUGAAGAUCAGAGCGAACUUUAUAAUAUGCGUUUCUUCGCCAAUUUUCCCGAGAACUAUUUUGUUAAAAAUAUAUACAGUGAUACUGAAAAGUGCACACAAACAGACGAACAACAAUAUUUAAAUUACGAAUUGAUAUCGCGAAAGUGUGUUGCAGUUGGAGAAUACUUUAGAAAAGUGACUCGAAUUGAUGACACUUAUGUAUUCGAAACUUUUUUAACCAACGAUUGUUCCGACUCUCCAAUAAAUCGCGAAAUAUAUGAAUAUGGCAAGUGUUCCAAUGGCGUCAUUUUUGCAGAUGCAAUUUUUGAAAGUGCAGUUGAUGAAAAUGCGAGUUAUGCGUCUGAAAUUUUUGAUUAUGAAAUGCAUCAAAUGGUGUACUUUGAGUUUGGAAAAUAUUACAUUAUAAUGAUAUUACCGAAAUUUAUGAAGGAAGCUUAUGUGACAAUUUAUAUAAAACAGACCACCAAGAACUUGCGGGAACAUUUAAUUAUUUGGUUACAUUACCACCACAUGAUAUUGUACGAGGUGUUUAUAACUUACAUUCAAAUUGUCUUUUUGAAGAUGGAAAUGCAUAUUCAAAAUAUUUAA